UUCUCCGCAUUUUUAUUUUCCUUAUAUUAUUUCUCACUGCGGCUCUUGGGCUAGUUUUAUUAUUUUUGUCCCUAUUUUACGGCCCAGGAGAUGGAGAUUCUGUGUGUAAAACGUGUCCUUGUACUUUGUCCAAGGACGCUGGACGGUAGGUGGCAGAGCCGGAAUUUGCUUCAGAGUUCUUUUGCUCUGAGUAAAUAUUUGGCCUGUGGGUGAGUGGCUUCUUAGCCAGGCAUGGUUUUGUCGCCCCAGGAACAGCCAACGAUAACUGGAGAUGUUUGAGGUUGUCACACCUAGAAAGUGCUACUAGCAUGUAAUGGAACGAGGCCAAGGAUACUGCUAAACAUCUGCACUGCACAGGACAGCCUCCUGUGACACAGAAAUUGUCCAGUCCCAGAUGCCAUUAAUGCUGAGGUUGUGAGUCUCAGGGGCCAGCAGGCCUUUAUGGGACAUUUGAUCUAUGCUGUACCGUGUCUAAUCCAUGCUUCUACUUGAGGAGCAGGGGCUACUAUUGGUCCUGUAUUAAUUAAAGGUGGAGCUGAUAAGCUUAGAGAAGGCAAGUCACAUGGCCAAGUUGAUGAUGAUGAGUGGCAGAGCUAGAAGUCUAGUGAGCCAGCCAUGCUCCAGAGCCUGGCUCUUAACCGUGACAUGAGUCCAGCCUGUGUGGAUGCUGCACCAUGAUGCUGGGUAUGACUGGCGUGAGCCCUGGAGUCAGAUCUGGGUUCAGUUCCAUCACUCCUUUGGUGUACAUUUCUCUGUACAGUGGGAUCCUAGCUCAGGGCUGUUGGAAGGUGUUGCAGUGUAAGGCAGAUGUCAUUCCUUAGGUAUCCAGGGUAUGUGGCUCUGGGAUGAACCCUGUGGCACAACCAGCCUGCCAGACAACAGGGUCACAGCUGCCUUCAUGCAGAUGGCAGAGAGUACUCCUUGAGGGACAGGUUGACCUACAGGGUAAAUAAUCAUACUCAUUAUUUAGUACGUAUUCCUGAACUGAGUGACCUCAGGUCCUAGCAAAAAGUCCUCCCUGUCCCAAGCAGUUUACUCUCUGCAACCCAGGCUUAUAAAUCAGGUCAGCCAGAUGCCUGGACCUCACUCCCAUUGGCUCAGAGUCCCUCUCCAGUGCACAAGGGUCUUUCCAUGGCAGAACAGGUUUCUGUGAGGCUUUUGAGGCUUGGCACUGGCCCUGGUUUUCUGGAUGCCUUCCUUGUUGGCUUCCAAGCCCAUCAGACCUGGGUGGGUGGAGGGGAUGCUGCAGCCUAGAUUUGAGCCCUGCAGAAGUGGGGUGAAUUCAGGUUCUUCCACUUACUAGCUGGUGUUUCAGCAAGCUGUACUUUCUCAUCUGCAUGAAGGGGUGAUGACACCAGCCCCGUGGGAUUGGUCAUCCUAUAAAAUUUCUGAGUGCCCACCAGAAUGCUGGGCCUGGAAUAUAUGGUGUCUUGCCUUCUUGGAGCUUAAACUCUAGUGAAGGAAGAUGGAACAGCAAUAUGGUUAAUGCCACAUCUUAUUAAAUACUAAAAGAAAACUAGUAAUAGGGAGGCAAUGGAGAAAUGCACAUGGAUGCCACAGCAGGGUGCAUGGUCUGGGAGCAUCUCCAGAGGGGCAUCGAGGCCCCAGUGAGGAGAUGGUUUCAGCUGAGUGUGACCAUGGGCAGAAGAGCCAUCCAGGGAGAAGACAGCAGGUGCAUGGCAGAGAGGAGGAGCCAGGCAUAGGCCCUGGAGUGGGAGCUACCUUGAGUGGGCAUAGGAGGGAGCCUAUGUGGCUGGAGUAUAGAGAACAGGGAAGGAGUGCUGCACCAGAGGAGGGAGGCCUCUGCCAGAUGGUUCAUGCCCAACGUGGAGCCAGCACACAGCAGAUGAAUUCUUCAUCUCAUGAUCACGGAUCAGUUAGCAACUCUCAGCUGUGAGCCACAGAGGGCCUGGCCUGUCAGGGUGUCCUGGCUUCAGUGUAACAAGAAGCCGGAAGCAGAUCACUUUCCUAGUGUCAUGAGAACAGUACUGAACCAUAGUACCCCUGGAAGGCUCUCAGAGGUCUCCAGACAACCCAGGACCAUGACCCCUGUCCAGAGUUUCUCAUCCUUGGCACUGCUGACAUGUGAGGGCAGAUGGUUCUGACUGGAGGCUUGUCCUGUGCACUGUAGGAUGCUGACCAGUACCUCUGGCCAGGGCCCACUGAGGCCAGCAGUGCGGGGCUCUCUCUGUGCACUGACAGACCUGUUUGCAGACCUUGCUAAGUGUCCCCUCUGGUAGCAUCACCCAUUCCGCAGCCGUAGCCUUGUCCACCUCUGCCUUCAGGAAUGAGAGGGAUCAGUGCUCCUCAAGGAAAGACGCGAGUUCCCUUCCCCUGCCCACCACAAGACGCAGGGCAGCCUCUGCAGCCGGACAUGGCCUGAGCAGCCCCGGUGCUGUACCUCCCCUUAGACUCCAGCCUUAGAACUGUUGGAGAAGCUUGGAGGAGCCUGAGGUACAGCAGUACCCAGGGCUGCCCCCAGGGAGGAGCAGGGCCAGGGCCAGGAUUUGAAUCCAUCUGUUCCCAGGAGGAGUCACAAUCACCCCUUCUUCAGCACAGCACCUCACAGGGACCUCGAUUGACCUGUCCUACCCGUGGCCAGGAGAGACAGGUGCUGCCACCCCCAACCCAGAAGGCCCCAUGGAGGUCCCUGUGCCCCAGCAGCUGCCAGUGAAGCAGGAGGGCGGGAUGGCCGAGGCCCUGACCCUGGACUCCCCGUGGCAUCGCUUCCGCCACUUCCACCUGGGCGAUGCGCCAGGGCCGCGAGAGGCACUGGGGCUGCUCCGUGCCCUGUGCCGGGACUGGCUGCAGCCGGAGGUGCACACCAAGGAGCAGAUGCUGGAACUGCUGGUGCUAGAGCAGUUCCUGAGUGCCCUCCCCGCGGACACCCAGGCCUGGGUGUGCAGUCGAAGGCCCCAGAGCGGGGAGGAGGCCGUGGCCCUGCUGGAGGAGCUCUGGGGACCAGCCACCUCCCCAAAUCAUUCAACAGCAGUGAGGGUAUCUCAGGACACGACAGAAGGCUCCGGGGUCAGUGUCGGAAAGGAAGAUAGAGGGAUGGUGCCUUUAGCAGGAGAUGCAGUGCCUGGGACUGAGGUGCCGCCAGCAGCAGGGGACACCCGGGCCGUGCGCCCCUACAAGCAGGAGCCGGGCAGCCCACCGCCAGCACCUCCAGCGCCCGGCCUACCUGUCUUCUUGGCAGCCCCAGGCGCCGCGUCCUGCCCGGAGUGCGGCAAGACGCCCCUGAAGCCGGCCCACCUGCAGCGCCACCGGCAGAGCCACUCCAGUGAGAAGCCGCACGCCUGUCCCGAGUGCGGCAAGGCCUUCCGGCGCAAGGAGCACCUGCGGCGACAUCGCGGCACGCACCCUGGCGGCCCGGGCCCGGCCCUGCGCCCACUGCCCGCGCGAGAGAAGCCACACGCAUGCUGCGAGUGCGGCAAGACCUUCUACUGGCGUGAGCACCUCGUGCGCCACCGCAAGACGCACUCGGGCGCGCGGCCCUUUGCCUGCUGGGAGUGUGGCAAGGGCUUCGGGCGCCGGGAGCACGUAUUGCGCCACCAGCGUAUUCACGGCCGAGCGGCAGCUAGCGCACAGGGGACCGGCACGCCGGUCCCUGAGGGUGGAGGCUCAUUCCCACCCUGGCCUCUUGGGUAGCUAGCUAGCUCACCGCCCUCACACUGCCCAUGGCCUCCCUUCGCCUCCCCCAGCCCGCCUUUCCCUUCCCACUCUUUCUUUCCAGUUGAGCCUCACUGUUGCCUCCUUUCCUCCCUUGGCGAGCCUUCAGCCUCUCCUACCCCUGUGUAAAGGGCCUCGCUUCUCUCGUAGCCCUCCUCUGUUUCCUCCUUCCUCCCCCUGCCACCCUUUCCCUGCGCCGAGCAGAGUCAGGAUCCCAGUCGCUAGAGAAGAGCCUGGGCAAGGAGUAGUGGCGGGGCUCCUGGGGUGAAGGAGACCCUGAGGAAAGGGCUGGGUCUUGUCCCCAGGCCAGAUGGAGGCAGGAAAGGGAGGGGCGAAGGUUCCGACCGGCUAGACCCAGCAGCCAGGUGGGGCACCUUGGUCUGGUGCACCUCUCUGCGACCCAGGUGAAUGGGUGCCUGCUCCCGGGAAGGUGGUCAGGAACCACAGUUCACCAGCAUCGGAGACUAUUAAUAAAGUCGCUGACUCAG